UUCUAAUUUCUCUUUCCUAUUCUGCACACCCUUGUUUUCAUUCGGAUUUUCUCUUCUUCCAAACCCAUUUCUCUCUCUCUCUCUCUCUCUCACAUGACAAAGCAUUUAUUCCAUUUCGUAUUGCACUCUCUCAUCUUCUCAUAGCAGCCUCUCUUUACUUUGUUUUUUAUUUCAGAGUUUCUCUCAUUUUCUUUGCUUUUUGAUCUUCUUGCAUCAUAUUUUCAUCACACCAUAUACAAGGAAGGAAAUAACAAAAAUUAUGAAGAAAUUUGUACUGAAAUUAGACUUGCCUGAUGACAAGGCCAAGCAGAAGGCACUGAAAACAGUGUCAACACUUUCAGGAAUUGAUGCAAUCUCAAUGGACAUGAAGGAGAAGAAAUUAACAAUAAUAGGAACGGUUGAUCCGGUGAGCGUGGUGAGCAAAUUGCGCAAGUAUUGGCCAACGGAUAUAAUCUUAGUAGGGCCGGCAAAGGAGCCGGAGAAGAAAGAGGAGCCUAAAAAGGAGGAGGCAAAGAAGGAGGAGGAGAAGAAAGAAGAAGGAAAAGAGGAAGGCAAGAAAGAAGAGAAAAAGGAGGAGGCGAAGAAAGAAGGAGGCGAGGAGAAGAAAGAAGAGAAGAAGGAGGAGAAAAAGGACGAGGAAAAGAAGGAGGAGGAGAAGAAGAAAGAGGCAGCUCUAGCUCCGGCUCCGGCUCCGGCUCCAGCGCCGGACCCGGUCUUGGAGAUGGUCAAGGCUUAUAGGCAAUACAAUCCUCACAUGACUACCUACUACUAUGUUCAAAGCAUGGAAGAGAACCCUAAUGCUUGUGUCAUUUGUUAAAAUAACCAAUGCAAGCAUAUAUUUUUCUUUAAAAAGAAAAAAGAAAAAGAUAGAAUAUAUAAAAUUGUCUCAACUUGUAAUGGAAUAUGGAUCAAAAUCUCUUUUGAUGAGGAUGAAGCAUGGGAGACCACAACCAAGAAGAUAGAAACUCCUUUUGUAUAUAUAAUUUGGUAAUGUCUCAUGUUAGUUGUUUUGAUUAGUAAUAUUGUGUAGAAAAGGAAUAAAAAUUUUGGAUAUUUGUUUUUUGGCAAAAUGAAAUGAGCACAAAUGUAAUGUACAAUUCAUAAUAUAACAUAUUUUUGCCUCAA